AUGGGAAUGCUGGGCUCGUCGGCCUCAGCCCUGGGCCCAGGAGGUGCCUGCUGCCCCCGGGACGAGGGCCGGCGCGUGCAAACCCCUGAAGCCACAGCAGCCCAGGGACAGCGGGACGGGCGCGGGACACGGGCGCGUUCCCGGAAACCUGUGCCCAGUGGCGACCGCAGGACUGUGGGCCCUGUCCCCACCGGUCCCCGCCGCUGCCCUGCCCUGGAGGGCAGGUCACAUUGCUCCCAUUUCAUGACGAGGGGCCCCGGCGGCUGCCACCAGCCUCACUGUCACCGCCGCCGGGACACUGGCCGGAGCCCAGAAAAGGGCAGUGACUCGCCCGAGGCCUCGGGGCUGGUGCCCAGCAGGCCCGGGGCUGGAGGGCAGAAGGGGGGUGUCCGCCGGGAAUUCCGGGGGGCCACCGCCCCACCCCCAGCCAAGCUCACGCCCUGCUUCUCAGGCCCCAGCCCGGACAGAGCCUCGCGCCCAGAGCGGCCGCUCGCCCCCCGCUUGCUCCCCGCGACCACCUGGGGCUCCCGCGAGGAGAACCAGGUCUGGGGCGAGGGGUUCCCCAGGACCAUUUGGGACGUCUCCCGCGCGGCUGCCCGGGCAGUUCCCUUGCGAGCGGGUUUCCGCAGCCCGGCCCCCACUGCCCGCUCGGUCCCGCACUGGGUCUAUCCGGCCGGGAGCGCUGGGCCCAGGAAGUGCGAGUGUCCCCCUCUGGCCACCCUGCCUGCAUCCCCCACCCCCGCGCCCAGGCCCUGGGGGCGCCCGCAGGUGGCCCGGGGCACGCGGCUUCGCUCGGGACCUGGGGCUGCCCUCGCCUGCGCCCCCGCCCGGCUCCUCUUACCGGGGCGUCCGGCCGCACUGCGGCCCGGGCUCGUGGAGAGCGCCGAAGCUGGGACGGCCGGGGCCCCUCUGCCCCUUCGCACCGCUGGGCGCUGCGGCUCCCCCGCCGGCUCGUCGCGCGCGCCGGCUCUGCGAGCCCCCGCGGAGGCCUCGGGACCCCAGCUCAGAGUUCCCGCGGCCACCUGGCCCGUCCCCCUCGUCCCGCCCCCUCUGGCCCUCGCCGCGCACAGCCCCUUCCUCUCUGCGCCCUCGGAACCCCGGCCAAGUUUGGGGCUCGACCCGGGAAGGAGCCCCCCGUGCGAGGGCUGGGGCGGGCCUCGCGCAGGAGCCCCGGGAUUUCCCGCUCACUCAGCGGAUCCAGCCCUCUCUGCCUCCCCCGCGCCCCGCCCCCCCGCGCUCCCGCGGCCACUGCAGCGCUGCGGCAACGCGCCCCACGCCGGGCUGCAGCCUGUCUCCGACCCGCGGGCCGCGGCGGCUCGCUCGUCACCGUCCCAGGCCCGGGCGCAGAAAAAGCUGACUCGGGGAUUUCCAGGCUCCAGCAAGUCAGGCGGCGCGCGCGCCACCGCGCGCAGCGGCUGCGCGCUCGCGUCCGCGCUGGGGGCAGGAUUGACGCCUGAGACCCCACUCUCCCCCCUGCCACUCUUCGGAGGGAAAAGGGACCUGAGGGCCCAGAGCUCAAGGGAGCCUGCUGGUUCCUCCACAGAGGACAAGGCGCGGCCCCCACCUGCUCAGCUGCAGGACACCAGGCCGCUCCCGUCACUGACCAGCAGGGGCGGGGCCGGGGCCGGCGGGCUGCAGAGCCCCUGGCGCCCCGCCUUCUCCGGGCGCACGCCGGGCCCUUCCGGAGACACGGUGCACAGCGGCGCCCUGUCCCCCCACGCCAUCUGCGGCUCCACUUUCCACAGGUUCAGCGGCCCGGGGUCAACCGCGAUUGCCUUCGGCACCCGGGACCCGGGGAGCCACGGGCGGAACGCUGGGGGACGCACCGGGGGCCGCAGACGGCUGGAGCGCUGCAGAACCGCCCGCCCCCUGGCGGCCGCGCGCUCGCCGGGGCCACUCGAGUCCUGGAUGCCCAGGAAGGACGCCCCGCCUCAGGGUGACCGGCCCGUCUGCAGACGCCCCGAGGACUCCUCCGCUCAGGCCUCCGGGCCGGCGCCCCUCCAGCCUCCCGCUCCCGGGGCCCGGCCAGCCAGCGGCCAGGCGACACAGCGGAACGGCACCCGGGGAGCAAGCGCAGGCUCCGGGCUCUCGCUGCACAGCCUCGAUUUCCGACCUCGCUGGGCCCUGGGCGCGCUGCGUCCCCCGCCGGUCCGCACGGGCCAGCCGAUGGGGCUGGGCCCCGGGGCACACCAGGAAGCCGAGGAACCCACCCCGGUCGCCCCGCCAGCAGCGGCGGGGGCAGGCUGCGUGCCAGCCCCCCUCGCUGCCCAGGCCGGCCUCCCAGAGGCCGUGGCCCUGCCCAGCCUGCAGCCCUCUGGGCCCCUCCCGGUCACCGGGGUGCCCGCCUCUGCCCUUCCCCCACGCAGCUGA